AUGGCGAAACCACAACGGCCAAGAGGGACAGUCCCAACUCCCAACUCGCGGUACCGAGUCCAUGUCCGCGAAGAGCCAAAGCCUCAAAUCCCAGACCCCAUCACAUAUGAGGGCCCCUCCCUCUCUAAACCAAAACGAACACCCUUCAUCUCACAUUUCCUCACAAACCUCCGCCAACGCAUCUCCGCCCUCCCAUACCCAGUCCGACGAGCAUGUCGCACUCUCCGCUGGGCAGCACCUAUGCUCCCGAUCGCGCUAUUCUUCCCAGAACAUGUAAUGCAAGUGAUGUGGGUUCGCGGGCCAUCAAUGACACCAUACCUGAACGAGGAGUAUGCGCAAACGCAAACGAAGAGCGACAUAGUGAUGGUCAACAUGUGGCCGUGGGGAUCUAUAGUGCCGUUCAAAAAAGAGCGAAAGCUAGAACGCGGGAUGAUAGUUACUUUCCGCUCCCCUGCAAACCCGUCUCACAUCGCUAUUAAGCGCGUUAUUGGUUUACCCGGUGAUCGGAUCACGACUCGCGAGCCAUGUCUGCGACAAACGCAAAUCGUUCCCUGGAAUCAUGUCUGGUUGGAGGGUGAUGCGGAGGAUCCGCGGAAGACGCUGGAUAGCAAUACCUACGGGCCUGUCAGUCUCAGUUUGAUUACUGGGCAGGUAUUUGCGGUGUUGGGACCGCGGAUGCGAUGGCUGAAGUGGACGGAUUGGGAAUCUAAAGGGGAUGAUACGGCUGUGAAUUCGUAUGGACAGAGUGUGCGGGAUCGUGUUUUGAAGGAUGCUGUUAAGCUCGAGCAGCCCUUGAUGAACUGA